CCUGCGUGAAGAGGCUUCAUUAACAAACAGCAACACACCGACGGAGCUAACAUGUCAGACAAGAAGCAGACCGUAGAUCUGGGCUUGCUGGAGGAGGAUGAUGAGUUUGAAGAAUUCCCAGCCGAGGACUGGACAGGGCUGGAUGAAGACGAAGACGCUCAUGUUUGGGAAGACAACUGGGACGAUGAUAACGUAGAAGAUGAUUUCUCAAAUCAGCUGAGAGCGGAGCUUGAAAAACAUGGUUACAAGAUGGAGACAUCAUAGUGGCUGACAAGGCCUUUCAGUAUUCGGAGACAUUGGAUAUGGACAUUUAUAAUUGAAAAUUACUGGCUGACCACAUACUGCAAGAAGAGCUCAGAAGAUGUUAAUUUGUUGCCCUUUUUUAUAAUUGAAGUUGAUGGAAGUAAAGUGUUUGGAAGAAAGUGUUCCUUUGAGUGUUUUUCCUUUAAUGUUUAUGCUACAAAUGUUUAGGUGACAGUUAAAGAUAAUUUCUGCAUUACAUUUGUGUUAAUUUUAUAUUUGUGUGUAAUGCAAUCUGUAGACUGGUCCUAGCUCCUCAGCCUGAAGAAACCAGUUGGUUUUGAGUAAUCAUUAAAAUAUUGCUGAAAUUCAA